AUGAUGCGGUGCACCAGCGCGGCAAACUCCAACGAGUCGCCCAGACGCGGUGGGUCAGUGCUCACAAGAACGCCACGGUCCUCCGUCGCCUGCGCCGCGAUGGCGGCAGACGCCAAGCGCCCCUACGAGGUUGAUCGUCACCACAUUCUCGGAGUCCCGCAGCGGGCACACCUCACACUUGCCAAGCACCUUCGCCCUGCUGACAAUGCCGGCGCAGUUGACGACGCCAAGAACGAAAAAAAAAAAACGGACCCGAAUGCGCCCGUCGAGAUGCGGAUGGCGUUUGCCACAUCUUCCUCGCUGGCUACACCUGCCCGCACGUAUUUGCCGUCAAUGGCGUUUGCCACCGCCGCGCCCCUCUCGUUGAGGUUGAGGAUCGCCACCUUUGCGCUGUCGCCUCGCCAAGACCAGAGCCACCGCCCGUGA